UCACCAGAAAUGGCUUCUCUUGACAGGGUAAAAGUCUUGGUUUUAGGAGAUUCCGGGGUGGGAAAGUCUUCCUUAGUCCAUCUGCUAUGUCAGAACCAGGUUUUAGGAAACCCAUCAUGGACAGUUGGCUGCUCUGUAGAUGUACGGGUUCAAGACUAUAAGGAGGGAACACCAGAGGAGAAAACCUACUACAUUGAACUGUGGGAUGUUGGAGGAUCUGUUGGCAGUGCUAGCAGUGUCAAAAGCACCAGGGCUGUCUUUUACAACUCAGUUAAUGGAAUUAUAUUGGUGCAUGAUUUGACAAAUAAGAAAUCCAAUCAGAAUCUCUACCGGUGGUCACUAGAAGCUUUGAACAAGGACUCUUCUCCAACAGGUGUCAUUGUCUCAAAUGGUGACUAUGACCGAGAGCAGUUUGCAGAGAACCCAGUGCCUUUGUUGCUGAUUGGCACCAAGUUUGACCAGAUCCCAGAGAACAAACGCAAUGAAGUUCUCACCCGGACGGCCUUCUUGUCUGAGGACUUCAACGCUGAGGAGAUCAAUCUGGACUGCACCAACCCAAGGUACCUUGCUGCAGGCACGUCAAAUGCAGUGAAGCUUAGCAGAUUCUUUGACAAGGUAAUAGAGAAGAGAUAUUUCACAAGAGAUCCAAGCCAGAUGACGGGUUUCACAGACAGAAAACGGUUUAACUUCAAAAGUUUGCACUACGACUGACAAACUGUGAACACAACAACAGUUUUCUGUGGUCUCAGCGUGACACCUGUGGGCUUGUACAACACAAUUCAACCAUCACACUUAGUCACUUGCUGUUAUUCAUACUUUCAUACCCACCCGUUUUCACUCUUUCAUUUACAGUAAGAUUCAAAUAUGUAUCACAAAAAUAUUGGAUUGUUAAUUAACUUAGCAAAAUAAAGAAAAGCAUAUUCAAAGCUGACCAAACCCCCCACCCCCCACCCCAACUUUAAGCAAUGCAUUACAUUGUAUUUCUAUUUUUCACAUGUAAGCUUCAUAAUUUUUUUUUUUUUAAUAACUGAUUUUCUAAAUGUUUGCGUAAUAAUAAAAUGAAGAAA